GCCCAGUCCAUAAUGAUUAUGGGCAUGAGUAAAUAGUUUUAAAAUGUUCAAAUAACUAAUAGUUCAUGUACAGUUUUUAUAAAGUUCAUAAGUGAGUUGUGUUAAAACAAUAGUGGACCAAAUCAUUUUGUUUGUUAAUAAAGUAGUAUGUCACUUUAAUUAGUUUCACUGCACUUUCACGCAUUUUGUGUUGUGUACAACCUAUCCUCACUGAGCAUCAGAAUGUCAGUCUUGACUUGUGUUUAUUUGUAUUGGUUGUUUGUGACCUAUGUAACCAAUCAAGGGAUUGUGGGGGCGGGAUGUGAGGUUGACCUAGUAGAGGGCAGGUGCGCGAGAGGUACAGAGAUGCCACAGAUGUACAUCAAACGUGUGUGUUGACCGCUGAUCGUAUCGGAGUAUAAGUGCCUUUCAUCGUGGUGAAUGCAGAGUUUGCCAUUCUGUGUUAAGGACUUUGAAACAUCCGAAGGACCAGGAGACUAUCCUUGGACUUUUUUUUCCCCCUUGCUACGUGACGGAGCAUAGAAGUAUCCAGGAGUCGCCAUCUUGCUUGGAUUUUGUGUCGGAGACCGAAGCCGUUGCCGGACGCCCUCGUUGCCCUCACGAAUGAUUCCCUAAAGGUUACCAGCGACUAACAUUAACCAGGUUGCUGACUGACUGACUGCUCGAGGUUGUGAGUACUCAAAUUGCACGUGCUUAUUAUUUUAUUGUUUUGUUCUGCUUGCUUGGCAAGCGAAAGGGUCAUAAAGUUUCUGACCACACCGCACCCCAGCGUCGACACAGGCCUGCACCGUUUGUUUUAUUUUAUCUUAAAGGACUGAUAUUGAGUUGCAGCUUGAGUGUGUGAGUGUGUGUGUGAGCUGCAGGACUAUUGUUUUCACAAGUAAUUUGAUUUAUUUACAGGUGUUUUGAAGACACCCUAAUUGAAGUAAUUAUUUUGUACUCUUAUUGUGUUUAGUUGAAGUUGCAAAUAUUAAUUUUGAUUACUAAAUUCUAUAUUUUUGAGGUUAAGAAUCCUGUGUGUGUUAUUUCUUUCGUGUAAGGAUUUUCCCCUGUUUAUUAAAUUUGAACCAGAGAAACGUGUUUCAACACUGGAUGAUAACAAUUCUUAGUAGGAUUAAAGGCCAAAGGGUUGUAUUCUGCUAAGUGGAGGCACCAAUCACCAAAUUUCUUAUCAAUACAGGUUAGUACGGAAGCCAAUAAAUUAAAGAACCCAGGGCCCCGCCCAUAGUACUACAAUACCCCUGUCUUUAAAUGAUGUUUACCUAUUAGCUAUAUGGGUCGGGUGCUACACAAAUUGGAGGCACCGCUGGGAUAUUUUCCCUAAUAAGGUAUAUAUUUUAAUGUCAAGUAGUUGAGACUCUUUCUCAUGGUCAAGCCUGCAAGCACAUAAGACAAAAUAAUGGCAAGUUUGAGUAAUUCCUCGCAGUUGGAGUUAAGUAACUGGUGUAGAGGGGAGGGUAUAGAGCUAACACAUGCCCUUAUGGUACUUGGAGUCCCCGAAGAUGACGACAUCUCUUGCAUUGAGGAAGCACUGGAAACCAUAAAAGCACUGGGAAAAGUAAGGGUAAGAGGAAAAAUGUUUGACGCCAAACACCAGGCAUUAAGCGUGCUUUGCGAAUGUCGUGAGCCAAUCGAUCCCUCUAGAGUCCCAUGUGAAGUCUUCUUGCCUGCCAGGGGGCAUGGCUGGAAGAUAGUGGUAGCUCAGCGCAAAGAGAGCAGUGCAGAUGAUUUCUCAGAGAAACUAGCACAGUUCCUCCAAGAACAAGGAAAAACAAUGGAAGACAUUUAUCCAAUGUGUGGUUCCGCCACAGAAGUGAAUAGCACUCCAGAGUCUAUUAUUCGCGCUGUAGGGGAAGUGUUGCAUAAAACCACAAAACCCACUGAAAGCAACAACUAUAGACGUUUAAGGACUUUUUCUGGAAUCAGCCCUGUUCCACUAGGUGAGGAGUGUUUGGAUAACUGGCUUGAACAGGCCAAGCUUAUGGUAGAAGAGUAUGAGUGUUCAGAAAAAGAGAAAAGACGCAGGAUAGUUGAGAGUCUUAAAGGUCCGGCUUUGGAGAUCCUUCAGGCUGUACGCUUGUCGAAUCCUGAUGCUAGUCAUUUGGAGUACAUAGAAGCAAUAGAAAGUACUUUUGGAACCUCAGAGUCAGGAGAAGACCUUUAUUUGUCUUUCAGGUCUCUUCGCCAGGAGUCUGGUGAGCCCUUGUCAGAGUUUUUGCGCAGACUUGAAAGAUCCCUCUGUAAAGUAAUUAAGAGAGGUGGUCUCCCAGUUAGCGCAGCCAACAAAGCUAGGCUUGAGCAGCUUAUAAAAGGAGCAACUGAGUCUGAUCUCAUGUUGCUUAAGUUGAACUUGCGAGAGAGGAGGCAUGAUCCUUCUGCUUUCCUAACCUUGCUCAAAGAAAUUCGUGCGGAGGAAGAACGUGAAGCCGCCAGGCACAGUCUCAGCAAACCUGUGCACCGCCAGCGUGUGCAUGCAGUGCAGGUGGAAAAGGAAAACGAGUUGGCAAAUAGUCAGCAACUUGAACUUCGAGCUGAGAUUGAAGAAUUAAAAUCCGCCCUGAGUGAGCAAGUGAACAAAUUGUCUAAAUCAGAAAAUGAUAAAACUACAAAAAAGUCCAAGGAUAAGAAGAAAGUAAGAGCUGAGUCAAACCCCGAAAUACAGUCUUUAAAGAAAGAACUGAAAGCUCUAAAGGAACAGAUAAGUGUGAUGACUGUGAAAACCAAAUCAGGCUCAACCGCAACAGCGAACUAUUCUAGCCACAAAACAGCUGCAAAUCCACAGUGUGCUACUUCUAGAAGCCAGUUUGUAGCAGAGUCUUCUGAAUAUUUCUGCUAUAGAUGUGGUGAAAAUGGGCACAUUGCAUCAAAAUGCACAGCUCCAGCAAAUACACAGAAGGUCAUAAAAAAGCUCAUUCGCCAAGUGCGAGGAGCAACUUGUGGACCAAAAGAAUCCAGCAAAGGUUCCGAUGAAUCUAUUGCUAGAGUCAAUAAAGUCCAUAUUCCAGAGACAGACACUAACUUACCUGAAGGUCUGGUAGGUCCAUCAUCUGUGGUAAAAAUAAAAGUUAAUGAACUUCCUUGUGAUGCCCUCAUGGAUUCUGGUUCCACUGUAACCAUUAUCUUUGAAGAGUGGUACAAGAAACAUCUGUCACAUGUCCCUAUUCGUCCUAUUUCUCAUCUAGCUAUAUGGGGUCUCGCUGAUUCAGAGUACCCUUACAGAGGUUAUGUGGUAGUGGACAUGGAGUUCCCAGAGGACUUGGCAGGAGUAAAAGGGCCAAUCACUGUUCUUGCUCUUGUGUGUCCCGAGCCACAACAUUGCAGCCAAGUGCCUGUCAUUGUAGGCACUAAUGCCUUUCUCUUCCGCAGACUGUGGGAGCUUUCAAAAGAAAGUGGCAGUCAGAACAAAGUACACUCUUUGAGAAUACAAGCAGUCUAUGAAAAGCUACAGACACAAACCCUGAACCCCCAGUCAAAAGCUAUUGAUGAGGCAGUUGGGCAAGUGAAAUGGCAAGGCCCAGGCCUACUGUCCAUAGCUCCUGGUGAGAAGUGUUAUGCCACCUGUAAAGUGGAGAAACCGACUUUCUCUUCUCAAGACAUUAUUCUUGUUGAAGCUCCUGUGACGCAGCAUCUUCCGGCUGGUGUAUUUGUACAGCCCGGAGUGCUCCCUAACAGAGACAUUGACUCCAAUAGUUUCACUGUCCUUUUGCACAAUGAAUCACAAAAACCCACGUCUAUUCAGGUUGGCACUGUCAUUGCAGAAAUGUAUGCAGUAGAUACUGUAGCCUUACCUCAGCCUUCCAACUCAACCACUGACCUCCUUGACCCCGAGCUCUUUGAUUUUGGAGACUCACCAGUUCCUGAGGAGUGGAAGAAACGGCUUAGCCGAAAACUUGCUGAGACGAAAUGCUUUCUCUCUCAAUGAAUGGGAUGUUGGUUUGGCACGA